UGGAUGGUGACUAGUAGGCUCCUAUGUACCUAUACACACCCACCCACCCCCAACACACAAAUACACAAGGUUGUGUUAAAAUCUUACCUUUAGCAAUCACACGUGAACACCAUAUGCACACAAACAGAUACACGCGCAUACACACACACUAGAUAUUGUGCAAUUAUAUAAAUUUGGAUAUACACACAAAUAAAGGGAUGUAUUCUCUCAGCAAUAUUAAUAAUACUACUACUAAUAAUAAUAUAAACAUUUUAUUGGAAUUACUCAAUCGAUAAAACAAUAGUGAAUAUUAUUAUUUUUCUUGAAAAAAAAUUUACAGAAAACAACCACAACCACAGCAACAACAAUCACAGUAACAACACCAACUAAGAAAUUACAAGAGCACAAAUUGAAACGAACUAAAUAAUCAACGAAUAAAUAAAAUGUCUUCUUAUUGUUAUUUACUUUAUUCAUUACUCACUAUAAUCAUUCAUUCAUUAUAAAGUAUUACGAUAUACAUUUUUAUAAACAGAGAGAGAGAGAGAGAGAGAAAAUUCAAGUGACUAAAACAACAUUGUUACCAACCAAAAAUAAACAAAACUAAACUCAACUCUAUAAAGAGUGUAGUCAAUAUUUUAUUAUUCUCUCAUUAAAUUCUUCUCUUUAUCUACAUAACCAAUAACAAGAGUCGUGAUAAAGUCAACUGGAAAUUGUUCUAAUUACGGGGAGGAAGUUUCAAAAAAGAAAAAGAGAAGAUGAAUGUCUUUAGUUCAAGAAGUAAUUCCCAAUUGUGAUUCAAUUAAUUCUUUUUAUGUAUAAAAGCCAACUGCAUUUUCUUAGUGUCUUUCUAUUAGAAUAUUAUCAUUAUUAUUAUUAUAACUACUACUACUACUACUACAUUGAAACAGAAUUUAUUCAUAUAGAAGAUACGUAACAACAUAUAAAUAUACCUUUGCAUUUACCGGGUGUGAGGGCGGGAAAACAAAAAAAAGAAGAGAAACUAUUCAUUUUGCAAGUACUUACUUUCUUGGUUAUUUUUAUUGAUCUAUCUAUUUAUCAAAUUAUACGCACAAAUUAUUUAGAAAUUAUGAAUAAAACAAAUUCAUUUAUGGCACAAAAUCAUUUACAAACAGAAUUCGAAUUACAAACACCAUGCAUUUCUAACUUUUUAGAUUAUGAUUUGUCUCCAAGUGAAUUACAUAAUCAUAAUCAUCAUCAUCAUCAUCAUCAGAAUAAUAAUAAUUUGUUAGAAGGGGGAGAACAAUGUCAAGAGAUAAAUAAACAAUCUCGACAACAGCACCACCCCGAACAACAACAACAACAAUACCAGUCAAAUCAUACUAUACAUCAUCAGCAUCAACAACAACAACAAUACAAUGAUAUUCAUUAUUUCAAUUCUCAUCUAUCUAAUUAUCAACAGAAUCAACAUUUACAUGGAAAUAGUUGUAUGAAUUCAACAAUCGAUACAAAUAUUAAUGAUGUAACAAUGUCAAUAAUGAAAAAAAUUGGUAAUGAUCAGUAUUUUUCACCUGAAUUACAAACACCAAUCAAUUCAAUUUCUUCAUCUCAUACAAAACCAAAUUCUAAUUUAAGUAAACGACAAACAAUUCAUGAUAUUAAAGAAUUAUUAUUCGAUAUUUAUCAUGGGGAAAAUGAUUUAUCUUCUAUUCAUAAAAAUAAUGAUAAUACUAUUUCAACUGUAUCACACUAUUCAAAAUCCUCUUCAUUUUUAUCAUCCAUAUUAAAUAACAAUCAUAAUAGAAUAGAUUUAAAUCAAUCUAUUUCAUCUAAUCAUUUCAAUGAUAUACAUCGAAUGAAUUCAUUAUUAAAAAGAUAUGAAGAAUUACCUAGUUCUAUAGAGAAUUCAGUGUUACAACAUAAUUGUCAAAUAAAUAAUUGUAGAACAAAUUGUCCAUAUGAAAAUAUUCAUUCUGAAUGUUCUACACUUCAAAUGAAUGUUCAAAUCAAUAAUAAUAAUAAUAAUAAUAAUAAUAAUGUAAACAAAAUACAAGAAAGUAAACAAAUCAAUUCAAGGUUAUCAAAAGGAAAGUUGGAAUUAAAAUUUUUACUUAAUCAAGAUAAUACCAAUCAAGAUAUUUCAAAAUAUGGUAAAGUAGCUAAAACAAUCAUCACUAAAACUGGUAUACAAAAAUUAUUUGUUAUUCGUGGACGUGUCAUUGAUACACGAAUACAAUUUCAUUAUUAUACAUUAAAAAUAAUAUAUCAACAACAAUAA